CGGACCAGCUCAGGGCGGUGUACCAGGAGUGUCCCCUCCAAUAGAAAUCACGUCCUUCCCAGGACUCUGCUCUUCCCCAAAAGAUAACCCAGAAGAAGAGGGCAAGGUUGAUGGGCUCCUGACAGUCUGUUUAGAGAUUGGGGAACCAGACCUGAGGAUAAGGAAUCAACUUCCCGGCAGGACAUUUCUGAAGAAGGCUCAUUCCGGGGAGCCAUAAUAGAAAGACUGUCAGGGAACGGUCCCUGGGACUCCAUAUUGCGUGAAACUUGGGGAUGUGAGGGCCAAUUAGAGAGGCAUUUGGGGCAAGUUGCAAUAUCUCACAGGAGAAGUUCCGGGGAGGGUGCUGCCUGUGCAUGCAGUGCUUUUGAGGGAAGCUUUAGCCUGCAGUCAAUCCUUGUUUCCCAACGGGGAAUUCCUACAGGAGAGAGCCUCCUUAUGGGUGACACCUGUGUAGGGAGCCUGACACCGAAUUUAGACCUGAUCCCUCAUCAGGGUCUCUGUGCAGAAAAGAGACCUUGGCAAUGUGGCCACUGUGGGAAGUCCUUCCUCAACCAUUCAACCUUUAUCCGACAUCAGGGCAUUCACACUGGAGAAAAGCCCUUUAUAUGUAAGGAAUGUGGGAAAGCUUUCGGCCAGAGCUCCUCUCUCUCAAAGCAUCAGAGAGCUCACUCAGGAGAGAGACCCUUCAAAUGCAGCGAGUGCGAGAAAGCCUUCGGCCAGAGCUCCUCACUCAUCGACCACCUGAGGACCCACACCGGGGAGAAGCCCUACGCCUGUGGCAAGUGCGGCAAGGCCUUCGGGAAGAGCACGCACCUCACGCAGCACGCCCGCAUCCACACCAGCGAGAAGCCCUAUGCGUGCGGCAAGUGCGGGAAGACCUUCGGCCGCAGCACGCACCUCACCCAGCACCGCAGGAUCCACACCGGGGAAAGGCCCUACGAGUGCCGUGAGUGCGGGAAGGCCUUCAAAGACGCCUCCUCCCUCACUCGCCACGUUUUGAUCCACACGGGGGAGAGACCCUAUAAGUGCCCCGACUGUGGCAAAGGCUUCAAUGGCCUCUCGGGGCUUGUUCAGCAUAAGAGGAUUCAUACCGGAGAGAAACCCUAUGCCUGCCACGAGUGCGGGAAGGCCUUCAGCCAGAGCUCCUCCCUGAUCAAGCACAUGAGGUUCCACACGGGAGAGAGACCCUUCAAAUGCAGUGAGUGCGAGCGGGCCUUCAGCCAGAGCUCCUCGCUCAUUCACCAUCAGGCUGUCCACACUGGGGAGAAACCCUUCCGCUGCAGCAAGUGUGGCAAAGCCUUCAGCCAGGGCAUCCACCUGACUGAGCACCUUCGCAUCCACACCGGGGAGAAGCUGUACAAAUGCAAGGAGUGUGGGAAAGCCUUCAGUCAGAGCUCGUCCCUUAUUGACCACCGGCGGACCCACACUGGCGAGAGGCCCUACGAGUGUGGCCAGUGUGGCAAGGCCUUCAGCCAGAGCUCCUCCCUCACCAAGCACCUGAGGACUCACUCCAGGGAGAGGCCCCACGGCUGUCCCGAGUGCGGCAAGGCCUUCGGCAAGAGCUCUUCCCUGAGCCAACACCUGAGGACCCACACCAGCGAGAAGCCCUACACCUGCGGCGAGUGCGGCAAGGCCUUCGGCAAGAGCACGCACCUCACGCAGCACGCCCGCAUCCACACCGGCGAGAGGCUCUGCUGCCGGGAUUGCGGGAAGACCUUCGGCCGCAGCACGCACCUCACCCAGCAUCGCAGGAUCCACACCGGCGAGAGGCCUUACAAGUGUGAUGAAUGCUGCAAGGCCUUCACUGAUACCUCCUCCCUUUCUAGGCAUCUCUUUGUUCACACUGGAGAGAAACCCUAUAGGUGCGAUGACUGUGGAAAAGCCUUUAGUGGCCCCUCGGGGCUCAUUCAGCAUCAAAGAACACACACCGGCGAGAAGCCCUAUGAGUGCAAAGAGUGCAGAAAAGCCUUCAGCAGAAGUGCACACCUGAUUGAGCACCAGGGCAUUCACACUCGAGAGAAGCCCCACAAAUGCAAAGAAUGUGGCAAAGCCUUCAGCCAGAGCUCACACCUAACAAAACAUCUGAGAACGCACACUGGAGAGAAACCCUAUAAAUGUAAGGAAUGUGAGAAAGCCUUCAGCCACAAUGCAUCGCUGACGCACCACCAGAAAAUUCAUGCUAGAGAAAAGUCCCAUGAAUAUUACACUUCCUCCACCCGGUCCUCAGCCUUUACUCCCCACCAGAGUAUCCACACUGGAGAGAGAGCCAAUGAAUGAAUAGAAAUGUCCAGUGGGGGCCACGGGUCAGGGGGUGGUGGCAGAUUAACCUUUCACAUCCCCUCCCACCCUGACCUGUGGUCGUAUGAAAUGUCAGCAUCCUUCUCUUUGCCUAGGAUGGCGUUGGGUACCGCAUGGGUAAGUUGCCAUUGCAAAUGUAUCCCUCCUCUUCCCGCAAAUUAGAGUAGAUCGAGGGUUAACUCUUGUUGGGGGCAUUGAAAUCAAAGAUGGGUUUAAAUGUAAACGUUGGGUAUUACAAGUAUCGUUUGACUCUUUAUCUGAAACAUAGUUGGGAUUUUUUGGGACAUGAUGAUCUCACGUGUUAUUAUGUGCUUGUAUUUCUGGGUCUCUUGAAAGGGACCACAGUGACCAUCACCAGAGAGUUGGGGCUGUCUGGGCUGGGCCAGAUGGAGUGAUGCUGAGAGUGGGUAGAGUUGUGCCAUGUGAAAAGGGGCAGCGGGGAACCCCAUGAAGGCAGAGAGAGUGCGUGCAAGCCUUGGAGUUGCACAGUUACUAGGAGUCACCCAAAUGUUUCAAAGUUGCAUACACAGUUUAGGUUUUUUUUUAAGUACAUGGAAACUUAGUCAAUGUGAUGAAGUUUCAAAUCAAUCAAUAUUUGGGUAGCAUGUUAGGAGAGGGGGUUGGUCGUAAUAGUUUGUUGCUAUUGUUCCUGUCCCUUAUCUAAGUAAUAGUAAAAUCGAUGUACCAACUUUCUAUUGUAUUCCAGGUUGAUUGUAAUCAAGUUGAAAUCAUAGAACUCAAGUUCCAUAUUUUUUUUGAAAAUUUGUCUUUUCAAUAAACUCU